AUGGCGACCACCAUACCCACAAUGGAAAUCAACAAGCUCGCCGCCGGGGUCAAGAUCCUCAUGCUGGGAACCGAGAUCCUGAUCUUCCUCAGCGCCGGCGACCUCAUGGCAAGCCCGAUCACCCCAUCCGGAACCCCUCGAAUCUCAGUGCCACUCAACGAACUCCCAGAUUACCUUUCGACGAGAACCUUCGUCUUCGAAGGCCCAAAGGCCCUCGAAGCAUAUUUCUGCAACACUGGAUCAACCCAUCCAAAAGCCACCAAACUUCGACUCGUCCCCAUGCAUCAGUUCAUAAAUAACCCACUCCCAACGGUGAGCCUGGACGGAUUAUCCGGUGAAGGAUGGACUCUUCAUUCCCCCGACCAGCCGCCCGAGGUACGCGAGUUCUUCAAGGCGAUGCCGUUUCCAUACCCAAGCCUUGAGUGGGUUUCCAUCGACCAGAUUACCUACCCCGAGGGACAGGAGUUCAUUACGCUUAAUUCGGAUUGGAGGGCAGCUUGUCGGGCUGUUCCGAAGGGGCACAAGGUGGAAGAGAUCACGUUUGAUCUGGCCGGAUCAAAGAAGCUCAAUUCAAGUUAUGUCUCUCGUUUGGUGCAGCUGGUGAGCACUAUUCUUGCUGUCAAGGCUGCGGGUCCAUUCCGCUGCCGACUCCGUGAUGAUGAUCCCUACCAGUACAAGGACCGUGUGACGGGUGCUUUGGCCAACAAUGGGGUUUCUGGUUAG